AGUAGUAAUAUGUUUUAUUUUAAGGGUUUGGUGGACUGGCCUGGACUGGCGAUCUUUGCCUCAACACACUGAUCGACCAUGGAAAUGGAAACGAGACGAAUACGAAGGUUUGUGAGUCAUCAAAGACGCAACAACACUCUUCUUCCACUUCAAACACCUUCAUCUUCCUCCAAUCAUCUUUCCAACACCAUUUCAUUCUUCUAUUGCGAUUACAAAUUCACUUCCUUCAAUAAACCCCUUUUCAACUUCGGUCGCAAAUACUCCAACUUUUUCCGACUAUGGUUUUCAAUUGGCCUUGGUUUUGCCCUUUCUGCCAUGCUUGGUGUUACUCUGAUUAUGCUUUGGGAGUUAGCAAUAGCUUUGAAUUUAUGUGGGGAAAGCAAUGAGAUUCGAAGUUUAAUUAGUGAAUUGCUAUUUGGAUUCCCGAAUUUGUUGUCUGGUUUCACCUUAUCGUUUGCUGAUGCUGGAUAUAUAUGUAUUUCUACCAUUAUAUCUGUUUUUCUGCAUGAAUUUGGUCAUGCACUCGCCGCCGCUAGUGAGGGAAUACAAAUAGAGUACAUUGCCAUCUUCAUGGCAGUUCUAUUUCCUGGUGCUCUGGUUGCCUUCAAUGAUGAAUUGGUGCAAGCUUCACAACAUUUGACUGCCCUCCGCGUAUAUUCUGCUGGCAUUUGGCACAAUGCAGUUUGUUGUGCAGCUUGCGGACUGACAUUAUUCCUCCUUCCCUUGCUCUUGUUUCCCUUAUACAGCAGUGGUCAUGGAGCAAUGGUUUUGGAUGUACCCCCAACCUCACCUUUGUUUGGUUAUUUGGCUCCUGGUGAUGUUAUUAUAUCUGUGGAUAAUGUACCCAUCAGAAAUGCUCAAGAGUGGUUGAAGCUUAAUACUUUGACAUAUGACACCCAACUUAAAAAUGUAAAUAUUUCCCAGCACACUGGAGACUUGGGUGUUCUCAAUAAUAGGAAGGGUUACUGUGUUCCUAGUCUUGUGAUGGAAGCAAGCAAAAUUACCGAAUUGCUGGAAAAUCAACAUGUUUGUCCCAGGGAACUUUCUACUUUCGUAAAAAUUUCAUGCUCUGACAAUAUUACACUGGAUGAUGGUCAGAGUGAAACUGAUCUAUCAAAUGGGAGAAGGAAUAUCUACUGCUUAAAUGCUAAAGAUGUUGUCAAACUUGAUAAGUGUGGUGAUGGCUGGGGGCUAGCUACAUCAAAGGGAAGUAGCUGCUCAUGCUCUCAGGAUGAGUUUUGUUUAGCUCCAGUUCAGGAGCCUGGAAUGGUAUGGGUUGAGAUCACAUAUUCAAGUCUUUCGCAUGAAUGUUUGCAUGAAGAAAACAGGUUACCAGUUUCCAAUUCUUCUGACCUUGAGGAAACUAAUUGUGGUGCUACAUUUAUUUUUGCUGGUGAUGUUAUCUCAAUGGCACAUUCAAUUCACCUAACAUCAUAUCAGCCUCGCUGGGGACCAAAUAUUGUUGCAUAUUUUCCAAAUUUUCUAGAAAGAAUUUUAAUAUGGACAUUCCAUGUCUCUCUAGCUCUGGCUCUUCUCAAUGGUUUACCAGUGUAUUUUCUGGAUGGUGAAUCUAUUUUGGAAGCAACUUUAUCCCACUUUACUUCAUUAAGUCCAAGGAAGAGGAAGAAGGUUCUUAGACUAUGUCUCCUUUGUGGAUUACUUGUUUCUAUUUUUGGCCUUUUUCGGUUACUUCUUUAGUUAUAUUUUUAUAUCACCAUUUUUUUUGUAUUUUGAAAUGAGUAUAUGAGAAUAAAUCAACUCCGCGGACAAAACCUGAAUGUUCAAAAUUUUGGUUCCAAUUCUGAAGGAAUCAAUCAACUUCACAGGGUGAAAUUCAGGUAACUUUCAAUAGAAUAUGAUUUUUAUUGAUCUAUUGUUAGAAUUACUAAUUAUCUUGUUGAA